CUGGCCGCGCGGAGCGACGGAGUCGAGGGUGCGUGUUUUCGGACGCCACCCGCCUCCUUCUCUCCCAACCAGGCGGCGUCCCGGGUGCAGUCCGGCAGUGCACCACCGAGACCCAGACGCAGCGGACAUGGCAGCGGCUCUCCUGACCACGGUUACCAGUGUCGCGUCCCGGACCACGGCUACCAGUGUUUCGUCUCUGACUACGGCUGCGAGUGUGGCGACCCUUCCUACGUCCAACAGCGUCGCGGCCCUCGCCAUGGAGCACACCUGCAGUGGGAACGUGACGCCUCUGUGGACGGUGACUGGCAGCCUCGCGCUGGUCAUCCUGGCGCUCGUCGUUCGGACUGGCAGCUUGGCGGGCUUGUUCGGCAAGUUGGCGGCCCUCGUCCGUUCGCCCCGCGCCCCGUCCGCGGCCUCCGCCCCCGCCGAGGUCCCCGAGGCCCUGCUGCUGCAGGAGGCAUACCGCGCUGCCGGCGGGCCGUGCGUGGCGCUGCGGGGCCGCCAGCUCCUCGUGACGCGCCUCGACGUCAUCCACCGCGUCUGCCACGACCACGGCCUCUUCCCCAACCGCGGCCUUCCGAAGAACGAGAAAGCGAAUCCUUUGAGUUUGCAUUUGUUUUCGCUGGAAGACAAACGGUGGAGUGUCGUGCGGGCCGUCAUGUCUCCGGCCUUCACGCAGGCCAAGCUCAAGGCUGUUUUUCCACUACACGCUACUGGGACCCUCCAAAAUAUAGUUGAUUCGACUAUUGGAGACCAACUUUACGCUGACGUGGAAAUUAAGGACGUCAUGGAAAGGUUCGUGACCGACGACGUGGGCCGGACGCUGUUCGGCGUCGAAUGCAGGGCUCUGGAGCGGCCUGGCAACCCCAUGCACGCGCACUGCGCCGAGGCCUUCAGCAACUCGGCGUGGUGGCGGCGGCUGCGGCAGCGCCUCAUGGAUGUGUGCCCCCGCGUCGCCGUGCACAUCCCGUACCGCAACAGCACCGCCAGGUUCUUCCAGAAAAUUGUACGUGACUUGCGAACCGCAAGAGAAGCUAAGAAGUCGUCUCACUCCACCCUCCUUGACAGCAUGAUCCAGGCCGAAAAUGAGAUGGAGAAAGACGCAGCGCAGGGCCGCAUGCUGCGCUCCGUCCAUGCGCCUCAGAUGUUCGCCACGUUCAGAGCGGGCUUCGAGGCCACGGCCCCCACCCUCGCGUUCGCCCUGCUGGAGUUGGCCCACAACCAGGACGUGCAGCGGAGGCUGCAGGAGGAGCUGGACCUGCACGCACAGCAGGACGGAGGAGACGCCGGGGAGGCGGUGUUCACCGCGCAGUCGUUGGCUGAUAUGACGUAUCUCGACUGCGUCGUCAAAGAGACCCUUCGGAAGUACCCUCCGAACGCCACGCUCAUUCGACACGCCUCCAGUCGCUGCACGCUUCCGGGAACGGAGGGGGAUGAGGCCGUGACAGUGGAGGAGGGCACCCGCCUGGUGGUCCCCGUGUACGCGGUGCACCACGACCCAGCGUACUUCCCGGAGCCCGAGGCCUUCCGACCGGAACGCUUUCUCCCCGCCGCGGAGAGUCGAGGGGACUCCACAGUGGCUCCGGCCAACCUCAAGGCCUACCUCCCGUUCGGCCUGGGCCGCCGCCACUGCGUUGCGCGCCGCUUCGCCCUGCAGGAGGUCAAGAUGGGCCUGGCCGCGGUGCUGCACCGUUUCCACGUGUCGCCGUGCGCCGCCACGCCCUCGCUGCCGCCGCCCUUCCUGGCCGGCCGCAGCAUCGUGCUCGCCCUCAAGGACCACUGCACUCUGAGGGUGUCGCCGAGACGGCCGAGAGGCCCCGAGCCGUCCUCCCCGGUCUCUACAGUAUUGAAUAAAUCGCUUCCUUAACGGCCUGUAGACUUAUUUGCUCAUGCUACUGUACUGCACACACUCAAAGAGUUUACGAAAACUAUAAGGCGUUACAAUGAAUUCUAUUUCUUUGAAGUGAGAAGCGCGCUCUGAAAACAUUACAAACUAGGUCUUACGAAAAAAAAAGUAGCUGGUUAUAACAAAGAAUUUUGAUCAUACGCAAACUUGCGAAGGAAAUACUUGGCAAUUUACGGGCUAUUUCUUUGCAUGACAAACUAAAUAGUUUGCCCCUUACAUACGCUCAUAUGCUCAAAGUACUUCCGUGUAAGGUUCUCGGCGUGCGGUGCUGACUCAC